AUGACAGAAGCCAUCAGUUCCAAGACAAUUGAGAAAGAGCUCGGGCCCAAGCUAUCGGCUGGAGCGCGGCUACAGCUCCCCGGAUCCGCGGGUUUCGAGAAGUCGAACCUGCGGUUCACCGAAUAUGAGAGACCGAUGUAUCUAGCGGCCGUGGAGCCGGGUUGUGACGAAGACGUGAUCGAGGUGAUGAGAUACGCCAGAGAGAGAGGCAUUCCAUUUGCGCCUCGAUCAGGACAUCAUGCAGUGACAUCGACGAUGCGAUACCUGAAGAACGGGAUCCUCAUCGAUAUGAGGCCUCUUAACAAGUUGAGCUUUGACGCCGACAACCAUCAGGUGACUGUCGGAGGAGGCGUCAUCACAGACGAUUUCGUCAAGUUUCUCCAGUCCGUGGGAAUGGAAGUCAACGUGGGAUCUUGUCCUACCACAGGCGUCAUCGGAGUGGCUUUCGGCGCCGGGCUUGGCCGCCUUCAAGGCAAAUACGGCUUCUUGCACGACAAUAUGGUAUCCUGCAAACUAGUUCUUGCCGAUGGGCGCGUCUUCGUGGCAUCGCGCGAUUCGGAGCCCGAUCUCUUCUGGGCGAUUCGGGGAGCCGGGCACAAUUUUGGCAUCGCGCUCGAAGCCACAUUCCGUGUGUAUCCCGAGGCAAACAAGGGCAUACACUAUACGUGGGACCUAGAAUACACACUGGAUCAGUGCGAUCCCGUAUUUGACAAGCUUAACAGUGUGCAUGAAACCAUGCCCCCGGAGAUGGCGAUAUUUGUGCUUUGGCUUCGCCAGAGCGAAGGAGGGCGAAAGGCAUACAUUUCCCCCCCCUUCCAGCAUCACAUACUUGUCAACAUUGUCUGGUCAGGCAAAGAAAACGAAGCAGCCCCCUGGGUCGACCGAUUCGAAAGCCUGAGCCCCGUGGUUAACAGCGGAAAAGUGGCAAUCAGCUGGGCAGAGCUCCCAUGGACCACAUACAAGGGAAUGAACAAGAUCUUGAGCAAGCCUGAGGUAUGGUCUCUGGCGCCCAACAAGAUGAUGGGCGCGGCCUGCGUGGAGAAGUUCGAUCUCGCUACGACCAAGGCCUUCCUGGAGAGCGUCAAGGCGAUGAACGAGGAAUGGGCAGGUAAGGGCACCUUCGGGGCCAUGUUCGAGUGUUUGCCUCACCACAGAGUCAGAGAGCUGCCCAGCGAGGCGACGGCUUUCCCAUGGCGCUGGGGCUCGAACCAUUUCUUGAUGCUCAUGGCCACGCCGCUGAAGACGGAACACAGGGAGACAUUCGAAGCUCACCUCGAUCGCUGGAAGAAAGAAUUCAUUGCGACGUCCGGAUACGGUCGGCUGCAACAGUACGUCAACUAUGGGAACACCACGUCGACGAUGAGGGACCCUCCGGAGGCAUUGUACGGCUACGAACCGUGGAGAUUGGAGAAGCUGCGCGCGUUGAAAAAGCAAUACGAUCCUGACAACGUGUUUCGCUGGUAUCAACCAUUGAUAGAGGAGGAAAUCCCACAAGGCUAA